AUGCCCCUUAGCAAUCAGAAUAAACAACCCAGAAUAAAAAACAAUCCAACUACACCUAAGGAAGCUAUCUUAAAAGCAAGAGAUCUUAUAGUAUUAGCGUCAACUCUUUCUCAAUCAUGUGAUGAGCAAUCGAAGCUAUUAGAUCUCCUAGAGAUCUUUAGAGAAUAUACCGAAAAAGGAAAGCUCACCACCGCCUCCAAUAUCAUCACCUCCCAAAUCACUCAUCUAGAAUCCGCUACACGGAAAAUCGAAACUCAAGCUAAAGCCCUAACCAAAGCUCCCUUGCCAAUCAAUACACCAACCACUAAAUCGACAUAUGCAGCAAUAACAAAAGAAGGAGAAUGGAACCUAGUAGGCAAGGGAAAAACUAUUAGAUCCUCCCCAAUAGAUAAGAAGAUCGAAAUCACACAAAGACGCUUAAUCCUGAUCAAACCAGAGAUCACGAACAUUACCUCCUUUUCACCUAUAUCAAUUCGAAACCAAAUAAACGAAGCAUUCCAGAAAACUGGAAUUAAAGGCCCGGUUAUAGCAGGAGUAACUCUAUCGCUGAAUAGAAAUAUAAUAAUUACUACAAAUGCACCUUUCACAUCACAACUUCUAUUAGAAAAAAAGGCAAUCUGGAGUAAUCUCAUCAAAUUCGAAAGAAUUCAAAAGGAUCAAGAAUGGCAUAAGGUCAUUAUUCAUAAAAUCCCUAUAAAAGAAUUUUCUGGAACAAGAGGAAUGGACCUCAUUCUUGAGGAAAUCAAAACCUUCAAUCCAGAAUUCAAGCCCAUAGGAACCCCUUUUUGGCUUACACCAUCAUCAAAAAGAGCUCAUCAACGGGAAGGAGCAAUAGUGAUUGCUUUUGCAACAAAAUCAGAAGCAGAGCUAGCCAUUCGGAAACGACUAUAUAUCGCUGGCACUAGUACAAGAGUAGAAAAGUUCUACGAAUCCAAACCAACUACACAAUGCCAAAAAUGCCAAGGAUUCGGACAUCAGGAUACACAUUGCAGAAGGGAUCCCUCUUGUGGACUAUGUGGAGGCAAACAUAUCACAUCAGUACAUCUAUGUGUAGUCUGCAAUAUCAGAGGAAAGUUCUGCCAACAUCUCGCUGCUAAAUGCUCGAACUGCCAAGGAAAGCAUACAGCAAAUUCAAGAACCUGCGAAAUCUAUCAAGCAAUCCAACAAAAAGCAAAUAACACCAACUUAUGA